AUGCCUGGAUCUGUCACACCUCGAAACAUGUCAUUGACUGCCAAUCCCGACAAACCCGAGAUCGUGGUCCAUGGGCGUCAUGUCAAGCUGGAAGACGUCUUGCCCAAAGACCAGCCGUCGUGGUGGAGAGUCAAGCACCUGCUCCUGCUCAAUGCUUGUCUCGUCGUGCCAAUGAUUACCAACUCGUCCAACGGAUACGACGGCUCUUUGUUGAAUGGGUUGCAGUCUCUACCACUUUGGCAGGAGUACUUCAACACGCCACAGGGCGCCGUUCUUGGUGCGCUUGGAAAUGGCUAUACAUUUGGUACAGUGGUGGGAAUGCCCUUCUGCGCCUGGUUCAACGACAGGUACGGCCGUCUCACUGGCUUGAGAGUCGGCUGCAUUAUCAGUAUCAUUGGUUCUGCGAUACAAGCCGCCUCGCAGCACUAUGCUAUGUUCUUGAUCGCACGCAUCAUCAUCGGCUUUGGAAGUGUGAUUGCCCUGGUGGGCGGACCGACAUUGGUAUCAGAGCUUGCCUUCCCAACUCACCGAUCCGUCGCUACCGCAUUGUUCGGCCCAUCAUGGUAUACAGGUGCUUUUAUCGCCGCUUGGGUGACGUACGGAACCUACUCACUGGAUAGUUCCUGGUGUUGGCGUCUUCCAUCGCUGCUUCAGGGUCUCAUUCCGGCGAUACAAGUUGCUGUAUCCUUCUUCAUCCCGGAAAGCCCCAGAUUCUUGAUCAAUGCCGGCCGUGAAGAUGAAGCUCGCGCCGUUCUCGCCAAAUAUCACGGAGGCAACGAUCCUGCCUAUGCCGACCUCGUCGAGUUUGAGCUCAAUGAGAUCAAGAUCACCUCGGCUCACGAGAAAUUGAACAAAGAGGUCUCAUACAAGGCUUUCUUGGACACCAAGGCGAAUCGACGUCGGCUGUUUGUCGUCAUGUUCCUCUCCUUCAGCUCUCAACUUGCUGGCAAUGGCCUCGUCUCAUACUAUCUCAAUCUCAUCCUGAACUCGAUCGGCAUCACAGAAGCGAGACGUCAACUGCUCAUCAACGGUGCACUGAUGGCCUACAACAUCGGAACUGCCGUCUUUGCCGGUUUCUUAUGUGGCAGACUGCCCCGUCGCCCCAAUCUGAUCAUCGGUCUGAGCUGUAUGCUUGUCUUUUACAUCAUCUGGACCGUUCUCUCUGCCAUCAAUCAACAGCGCAACUUCGAGCAGACGUCUCUUGGUGAGGGCGUGCUGGCUAUGAUUUUCCUGUACUAUGCCGCGUACAAUUUCAGCUUGAACGCUCUACCAAAUCUGUACAUGCUGACCCUAUUCCACAGAACCGAGGUGCUUCCUUAUUAUCUCCGAGCAAAGGGCACCACGAUCUAUGUGGUCUUCCAGUCAGUGUGUCUGAUCUACAACGGCUUUGUGAAUCCUGUUGCCAUGGAUGCGAUCAGUUGGCGCUACUACAUUGUGUUCUGCUGCCUGCUGGCUUUCCAACUGACAGUCAUCACCUUCACCUUCCCCGAGACCUUCGGAUAUACCCUCGAGGAAUCAGCUCAGGCAUUUGGCGACGGUGCUUUGCACAACGACGAUGCCAACGGCAGGAAGAAUGUCGACGAUGUCGAGGUUAGUCAUGUGGACAAGAGCACUGUUCAGCCGCAGGAGAAAGAGUAG